AUGAUUCCACAAACUAAAGGCAAGAAGAAGAAGGCUGAAAAUUACGUUGAAAUCUAUGAGAACGAGCUUCGGAGCUACAACCCAGAAAAAGUGGAGAACUACGAGGAUGAGUAUCACAAAAAGAAAGUGUAUGAGGUGGUGACCAUCACUGGUGAUGAGAGAGGAGCAGGCACUGACGCCAACGUCUUUGUCACUCUGUUUGGAGAAUACGGCAUCACUCCCAAAGUCCACCUGGCCAGCAAGAGUCGCACAGCCUUCGAAAGGGCCAAAACUGAUGUGUUCAGAAUUAGAACUCACAACGUUGGACCUUUGAAAAAGAUAAGGAUUGAGCAUGACAACACCGGCCUGAACCCCAGCUGGUUCCUGGAAAGAGUGGUGGUGACGGAUGUGAUUAGGCCUCACUUGAGGUUCUACUUUGCUUGCAACAACUGGCUCAGUAAGGCGGAGGGAGAUGGCCUUUGUAUCAGAGACCUUUUGGGCAGCAUGGACCCCAUGGACGUGCCCAAAUAUAAUAAGUAUGUGGUUGGUGUUUUCACUGCGGAUGUAAAAAGCAGUGGAACAGACGCAGAUGUCUUCAUCAAUAUCUUUGGGGAAUUUGGAGACACAGGUAAAUAACAGGAGAGGCGACUUGACAAUGACAAAAAUAACUUUGAAAAAGGUGCCGAGGACAAGUUCACCAUUGAGGCACCCAACCUUGGCAAAGUGAGGAAGAUCACCAUCGGCCAUAAUAACAAAGGCUCCUCAGCAGGAUGGUUUGUGGACAAGGUUGUUGUGGAUGAUCUGGGAAACAAAACAGUCUAUGAAUUUCCAAUUAGUCGUUGGUUAGCUAUCGAUGAGGAUGAUGGGAAGAUCCAGAGGGAUGUUUUGGUUGGGGGGAGCCAGCCCACAGGUAUUGUGUACAACGUCCAGAUUGUGACAGGAAACAUCCGAGGUGCCGGGACCAACUCCAAAAUCCACAUCGUGAUGCACGGCUCAAAAGGCUUGAAGAACAGUGGCAAGGUUUUUCUAGAGGGAGGACAGUUUGAGCGGGGCCUAACAGACAUCUUUAAUGUCGAAAUCGCUGCUCUCCUCAGUCCCCUCAGCAGAGUCACCAUUGGCCAUGACAACGCAGGGGUCAGUGCUGGGUGGUACUGCGAGAAGGUGGUGGUGUACUGUCCGUUCAUAGGGAUUGAGCAGACGUUCCCAUGCAGUAAAUGGCUUGAUGAGAAGGAGGGAGACGGGCUGAUAGAGAGAGAGCUGUAUGAGAUGGUUUCACUCAGGCAGAAGAGACAGAAAAAGCACCCCUGGUCCUUGUGGAUCUGGACGUCAGAUCUGCCCAAUGCAGGAACCAACGCAGAAAUAUCUUUCCAGGUGUACGGAGAGAAGGGCAAGUCCGACGAGAUCAGGCUGGACAACAAAACUGACAAUUUUGAGCAGGGCCAGGUGGACAGGUUUAUGGUUGAGCUGCCUGAUUUGGGAAAAUUGACCAAACUCCGUAUCUGGCACGAGAAGAGAAAUCCUUUUGCAGGAUGGCAUCUCAGCAAGGCAACUCUGAUGAAGACAUUAACGAAGGAAAAGUAUACAUUUCCUUGUGAGAGGUGGCUGGACACUAAUGAAGAUGACAACGAGGUUGUGAGGGAGCUACCUGCCGGCGGAGAACUGAUUGCUGACCCACUGCCCUUGAUAAAAUACAGAGUGACAGUUUGCACGGGGACUGUCAGCGGCAGUGGCACAGAUGCAUCUGUUUUUCUCAAUCUGAUUGGAGACCAGGGGGACACCGGAGAUCGGCAGCUGGUCAACUGCAAAAACAACGUCAACAAGUUUGAGAAAGGAAAUUUGGAUGAGUUCAUAGUCGAGGCGGUAGCCAUCGGGCAGGUCCGCAGGGUGAGGAUUGGACAUGACGGCAAAGGUGGAGGCUGCGGCUGGUUCCUUGAUAAAGUGAUUGUAAGAGAGGAGGGACAGGCUGAGGCCCGGGCUGUAGAGUUUCCCUGCAACAGGUGGCUGGACCGCAAUGAAGAUGAUGGACAGAUUGUCAGAGAGUUAGUGCCGUUCUCAGAUGGACAGCGUCUUUACAACGUUGACUAUCACAUCGCGGUGAAGACAGGCAACGUCCCCGGGGGCAGUUCAGACUCCAACGUGUUCGUCAAGCUCUACGGAGAGAAAGGUGACACCAGUAAGAUGAUGCUGGUGGUCUCUGACAACAACCUAGGGAACUACUUUGAGACGGGCCGCAUUGACAUCUUCACAGUGGAAACCUUUGAUAUUGGACAGAUCAACCGUCUGAUGAUUGGCCACACCAAUGAAGGCAUGCAUGCCGGCUGGUUCUUGGACAGCGUUCAGAUAAUGGUUCCAGUCCACGGAAGGCAUUACAUGUUCCCCAGUCACCGCUGGCUAUGCAAGGAUGAGGCUGAUGGCAAGACAGAGGUGGAGAUUUACCCGAGCGAGAUCCUGGACACGGAACAAUUGAUUAACUACGAGGUAAUAGUAGUGACUGGAGAUGUGAUGUUUGCUGGCACCAAUGCCAGAGUGUUCAUCCAGAUCUAUGGAGACAACGGGAAGACGGAAGUUAUCAUGCUCGAAAGCAGAUCCAACAACUUUGAGCGAAACACCACAGAAAUAUUCAAGAUAGAGGCCAAAGAUGUUGGGAAGCUCUCCAAGAUCCGCAUCGGUCAUGAUGGCUCAGGGAUGGGAUCUGGCUGGUUCCUUGAGUCAGUGGAAGUCAAACAUUUGAUCAAGGCCUUGGUGCCCAAAGAGAAGAAAAAGGAGGAUAAGAAAAAGAAGAAGAAGAAAGAUGAGGAAGAUGAGGACGAAGAGAGAGGGGAGGAGUUGCAGGAAGUGGUGCUGACGUAUCAUUUCCCCUGUUCACGCUGGCUGGCCGGGGGAGAGGAGGACGGCGAGCUGGUGGUGGAGCUUCUGCCUGAGGAUGCAGAGGAUCUGGAAGUCAACACCUAUGAAGUGUGUGUCUUCACUGGUGACAUGCUGGGAGCCGGGACCGACGCCAGCGUCUUCAUUAAUAUUUACGGAGAAAACGGAGACACCGGAGAGCGCUAUCUGAAGAACUCUGACAACCUCAACAAAUUUGAGCGGGGGCAGGAGGAUGUUUUCACCUUAACAGCUAUUGAUCUGGGUCUUCUGAAGAAGCUACGAAUCCGUCACGACAACACCCAGCCUUAUUCAUCUUGGUACCUGGAUCGUGUUGAGAUAGUGGACACAAAGGAUGAUACAACGUACUAUUUCCCUUGUAACCGCUGGCUUGCAGUGGAUGAGGACGAUGGGCAGAUAGCGAGGGAGCUGGUUCCUGUGGACGAGGCCUUCAUGAGGAAGGAUGAGGAUGAGGAGGGGACGGGUGCCACGCUUGGGCUGGAGCAGAAAUCCAUGUCUACUACAUAUACUAUUAAAAUAAAAACCGGAGAAAAGAAGUAUGCUGGAACUGAUGCCAAUGUCUUUGCCAUCCUAUUUGGUGAAAAUGACGACACAGGGACCAUCAACCUAAAGGCUUGCAAGACCUAUAAGAAUAAGUUUGAGCAGGGGAUGAUCAAUGAGUUCACAGUGGAGGCGGUGGACUUGGGCGACCUGGAAAAGCUUCGAAUUGGGCACAACAACUCAGGAGGUUCGCCUGGUUGGUUCUUGGACUGGGUGGAGAUUGACGCCCCCUCGCAGGGUCAGAGACUACGCUUCCCAUGUGGCCGCUGGUUGGAUAAGGGGGAGGAUGAUGGGGCCAUAGUGAGGGAUCUCUAUCCUGCUGAGCUACAGACUGAACUCUACAUGCCAUUUGUGCCUUAUGAGAUAAAGAUAUACACCAGUGAUGUGUUUGGCGCGGGAACAGACUCUGAUGUGUUUAUAGCCUUGUACGGACAUAAGGGUGUGCGCACACAGCAGAAACACCUGUGUGUCAACAAGAGAGAGAGACGUCUGUACUUUGAGAGGGGAGCGGAGGACAUGUUUAUUGUGGAGUUGGAGAACGUUGGUGAUGUUAUAGAGAAGAUCAGGAUAGGACACGACAACAGGGGCACCAACCCGGGGUGGCACCUCGACAGAGUGGAGAUCAGGCGACAGCUCAGGAAAGGAAAGGGUUCCGAGACGACCAUUUUCCCAUGCGAGCGCUGGCUGGCCAAGUCUGAAGAUGAUGGGGAGACGGUGAGGGAGCUGGUCCCCUCGGACAUCAUCACAGAGAAACUCCUCAGGGAUGGGACGCUGAAAACGACUGAAACAGAGGUGGAGGACGCUUUGGAGAUUCACACGUACAAGGUGUCUGUGCGGACAGGUGAUAUGUACAGAGCAGGGACUGAUGCCAACGUUUUUCUCACCAUCUUCGGAGACCUGGGAGACACAGGCGAGCGCAAGCUCGCCAAAUCUGAGAACAACAGGAACAAGUUUGAGAGAGGAGAGGUGGACAAGUUCUCUAUUGAGGCUGUGGAUCUGGGGCAGUUGUUCAAGAUUCGUAUACGUCACGACAACUCGAUGACGGGAGCUGACUGGUACCUUGACCAGGUGGAGGUGCUGGAUGUGGAAACAGAAGAAGUGUACAUGUUCCUAUGUGAGCGCUGGCUGUCAAAGAAGAAAGAGGACAAACACAUAGAGAGGACCUUCUUUGUCAAGGGUUAUGAGGGUGAGAGAGACACUGAUCCAAAUUCCAAGAAGAUGGCUCAGGCCAAACUGGGGCUGGACAGAAAUGCAAACAAGAAGAAAAGGAAGAAAAAGGUGGCAGUGGUGGAAGAGGGUCCAAUCAUCCCCUAUCACUUCACCUUGUCCACGGGGAUGGACCAUGAUGCCAGCACUACAGCCAGGGUCUAUGUCAUCGUCAUCGGCCCCAACGACAUCGAGACAGACCGACUGUGGCUGGACCUGCCGGAGGGAAAGAAAUCCUUCACAGCUGGCACCAUGGACCACUUUGUGUGUUACGGAACUGACGUGGGAGAGAUCAAGAGGGUGGAACUCGGCCAUAACGGUGCCACACCAGAGAGCUGCUGGUUGGUGGAUGAGCUGUCGGUUGCCGUGCCAACCAAAGGUAUCAAGUACAUCUUUCCAUGUAGGUGCUGGCUGGCUAAGGACAGGGGAGAUGGUCUGACUGCCAGACUGUUCAACGUGCUGGACUCCAGCACAAUCAACAUUAUUCGCAAAGUAAUUUAUUCGGCCACAGUUGUCACAGGCGACACUCAGUAUGCAGGGACUGACACCAACAUUUUCCUGACUGUGUACGGAGCCAACGGGAGCACAGAGGAAAUGCUACUGCCUAAAAAUGAGGACAGGUUUGAAAGAGGCCAAGAAGACACAUUCAGCCUGGAGAUAGAUGACAUUGCUCCUCUGAAAAAGAUCAGAGUUCGGAUUGAUGGCAGUGGGAGUCGCCCUGACUGGUUCCUCGACAGGAUCCUGAUGCGGAACCUGACCACAGAGGAAGUGUAUCUGUUUACUUACGAGAACUGGCUGUCAAGGACCAAAGGGCCAAAGAGGACGAAAGUGUGUGAACUGGCAGCUGUGGUGGACGAGGAGGAAAUGGUGGAGAAAACAACCUACAUCGUCCAAGUCCAGACCAGUGACGUCCGAAGUGCUGGCACCGAUGCCAACGUGUUUGUGAUUGUAUUUGGGGAGUACGGGGACACUGGGACACUGCCUCUGAAGGAGAGCGCCAACAGGAACAAGUUUGAGCGUAAAAUGAAGGAUGUGUUCAGAUUCCCCGACAUGCUCAGUCUGGGCGAACUGUCCAAGGUCCGGGUGUGGCACGAUAACAAAGGCCCUGCUCCUGGUUGGCACCUGGAAUACAUUGACGUGAAAGAUGAGGCCAUGGACCAAACCUUUAGGUUCCCCUGCGACCGCUGGUUGGCUAAAAGUGAAGAUGAUGGGCAGAUAAUAAGGGAGCUGGCCUGUGCCAACAACGACUCUGUAGACCUCAGUGACAAAACCAAAUAUGAAAUUGCCACAACAACUGCGAACACAGACGAUGCCUCCACCAUGGAAAAUGCCUGGAUUGUGUUGGAAGGAAGAAAAGCUCGUUCCAAGGAGCUUGUUCUGGAGAAUAAGAAAAAGAAGUUCUUAUGCGGUGCCACUGACACAUUUGAGUUCUCAUCCAAACACGUGGGGGAGAUCGCCGGCAUCUGCCUCGGCCACAUAACAAAAGACGGCAAGAAGGUGAAGAAUGAAGCUUUCUGGCAUGUUAUGGAGGUCGUUGUGAAAGAAAAGGAGCUGGGAAACAAAUAUUUCUUCCACUGUGAUGCACAAAUCCCCCUGGCAGCCAAAAGGGACCAGUUCCUGACAUUUGAGUGCUAUAAGUCCAUUGAGAGCUUUGCAAGCAAAGUCCGCAACCUAGUUCCUGUCAAGUACGAAAUCAUCGUCAUCACCGGGGAUGUGAAAAGUGCAGGCACAGACGCCAAUGUUUUCAUGACCAUCUAUGGCGUCAACGGUGACUCAGGCAAGCGUCAUCUGCAGCACAAGUUCCGCAACCUUUUUGAGCGAGGGCGAACAGACCGCUUUGUUCUGGAGAUGUUGGACCUUGGGGAGCUGCUGAGGGUUAAAGUGGAGCAUGACAACAGCCGCUCCAACAGUGGAUGGUAUUUAGAGUGUGUAGAGGUUACCAACACAGCCAACUCCGUCACAACCAUCUUCCAGUGUGGAAAGUGGCUCGACACUUGUAAGGCUGAUGGGCAGAUUCAGCGGGUGCUUUACCCCAGAUAUUAGGAGGAGGACAUGUGAGACAAAGAGUGGGCGAGCAUUUCCUUUAGAGGCUUAGUGGUCACUUGUUUUUUUUUUACUGCAUGUCAGAUGAGCUUUGUGAGGAAAAAGAUUGAAAUUCACAGACUUGAAUGUAACUGUAUGUCAACCUUUAAAGGAUAACACCACUGUUCUUUACAAAGUUUGUGCCAACUGUUUAGGUUGCCCCUUUUCCAACUUCAGAAAAAGCCAUUUGCUACCAUUUUUCCUUAUACAAUUUCAAAAAUAAA